AUGUACUUCGUGUACACGAAGCUGCGCACCCCUGCGCAGGUGUACAAGGCCGGGACAUGUGUUCACCGGAAGGGUGGCGAUGAGUUCUCGGGCAAGAUCACGCGCUUUCUUGUCGAGCGAAUGGGCGGAUCGGGCCAGAAGCCCCCAACGUCCCUCCUCCUGCCCAAGCAGGCCCGCGCUUACGCCGUUGUCAGGCUGUACCCGACAGACUACCACAACAACGCGGACCGCUUCGUCGACCUCACCCGACUCUCAUCGCUCAACGUCAUGACGGAACACGCGUUCAACAUCAAGAUGACGCAUCUCAAGAAGCGCCUCCCAUGCCGCAUUGUGUGCCGGUUCUACUCGGACGGGAAGGAGUUUUCGCCCGAUGAGCCAAUCCCGCUCACCGACCUCACACGGGGCGGCAAGGUUGACAUCCAGGCGCUGUUUGAGUCUGCGAGCGGGGAUGUUCUGACGGAGAAGAAGGUGUACGACGGACAGGAGAUUCGUGCGCAGCAGGAAGUCAAGCUGCUUGGGGAGAGCCAGUACACCCCAACGCAAGACAUGGUGGUGCCAAGCUACACAACCAAAGGCGAUCGAAACAGCGAGCGCGCCAAGAGCGAGCGCGGGUUUUGGUUCUACACCCACGUCACCGCGCCGUGUGAAUUGCUCGUUGCGUGUGAGAGCAGCCUGGUGAAGGAGAUGUACCAGCAGACGCUUGUGUUCGCUGCUGGGGAAGUGGCCAAUGUGAAGGUGGACGUGCUGACGCCAAAGGUCUCCCUGUCAGACUGCAUUGAAAUCCGCUGCACGUACAUGGACAAGAACAACAACAUGUGCCUGCUGCCAGACGACUCGCAGCUCGACAGGUACAUCCCCGAGGCCUUUGGCGACAACGUCCGCACCCUCACCUACAGCGUGCCUGAGGACCGCAGUUACAUCACGCUCGAGGUUGGGGUGCAGGGCAAGGUGGACCAGCAGGGCACACGCGCUGUCAUCAAGCUCCUCUUCACGCACCUCAACAAGGAGAAGACCACAAAGGCAACCCUCUACCCAGGCAGACCGCGGUGCGUUGAGCUGUGUGAGGGGGAGAGCCCAACCUUCUACAACAAACAGCCGCUGCCGCCGCUCCGCUUGAAGAUAACGGAUAAAUACGGAAACUUGUGCCGCUUCAAGAGGAAGGAGCUGCAGCCGCUGCUGUUCGCGAUUCAAUCGAAAGACAUUCCUGAUCCCAUGCACAUCAUCUACGCAAACUCGAGUGGCGAGUUGGUGGACACACCGGCCAUCACGUUCCACCCCGUGGUGCGGGCCCCGAAGACGAUGAAGAUUGCCAUUGCGCUGCUUGAUGCCGAGAAGCUGAGGAAGACAUCGCCCACAUCCUCCGUCAAGACCCGCGCAGAUGCGGCAAAGAUUGUUGAUGGCCGGAAGUGCGGGUUGCACGCCACCAUCCUGCCUGGUCCCGACCCGUGCAUCGUCCGUCUUGCUCUGCGCGGUCUCGCUGUCGACUUCUCAAGCGACAGCCUCGAAGUGUCCAAAGAGGAGCUGCUUGAGCUCGUCGGCCGCUCCAACGAAACCUUUGAUGACAUCGCAGUCACCGUCCUCACAGAGAGCGGCGACGAGGUGGAUCUUGGGAAAGUGCCGCACUUCAAAGCGGAGCAGGGCCACAAGAACGUCACCAAAUUUGUCAAGCAGCACGGGAAGUUGCCGGCGCUGUCUGGGCCGUCGCGCGCCCCCGGACAACACGUCCACUCGUUCACAUUCCGCCUCGGUGACACGCGCGUGUCCGCACACGUGCAAAUCGUGGCAGAGCCCGGCGCACUCGCACAGCUGCAGGUGCAUGGGCAGCUGGGCGAGGUGCACCGACGCAUGACGGUGAGCAAAGCGAAUCCGCUUGUUGUUCGCGGUCUGGACGAGGACGAGAACACGGUGCCCCUCAAAGCCGAGGAUAUUGACCUCACUGGUGACAUCAACAACACGACCAUGAAGAAGGAGGUGCUCAAGACGGGAGAAGUCGCCCUGUAUGGCUUCAGCGUCAAUAGCAGCCCGGGGCAGACGCAGCUUGACGUGCACAACACGGCAGCGAAUCUGCACACCAAGCACGCCCUCCAGGUUCUACCGGGCAUUCCACACGCAGUCGCUGUCUUCGAACAGGGAGACGAGAGUGCGGUUGACCCCGGGAGCGAGUUGACCGUUGAAGCCAAUGCGGAGCUCUUCAGCGAAAUUCGCGUCAGGGUUGUUGAUGCCGACGGCCACCACUGCACAUACCUGACUAGCGGUGUCGUUGCCAUCACAACUUCCAAGAAGGACAUCAACCUGACGGCCGAGCCAUCAGCGCUCCAGACGCAACUGCACGAUGCCGAGGCAACGUUCAAGCAUGUUUCCCUCUCCGGCAAACCAGGCACAACCAACAUCAUCUUCCACCUCAAGACGUCGGCGCCCGUUGCUGGGGGUUCGAAGACAAAAUUCAAACUUGGCGGCGCGCUGCGCGUCCGCAUGACCGAAGACAUGAGCACACCAGCCAAGAUCAAGUUCCCCACCGCUGAAAAUGACGAGCUGCCGGCAAUCACGGCUGGCGAGGCGUUCUCGUUCCCCGUGCAAGUCGUCAGCAAGGGCGGGGACGUUGUGAUGCCGUCUGUCUUGGAGCAGCUUGGGUUUUCCCUCGCCGCCAAGGGGUUGCAAGCGCACAUGAAUUCGACGCGCAGUGUGCUGCUGGCGUGCUCUCCCUCUGAGGACAACAUAAACUUGAUUGUGCAAGCGCCCGAUCCGCUAACAACAACAGGCCGUGUCGCCAUCAAGCUGCAACUUAGAGCCGGCAAGAAACGCUUGACUGCAAAGACCGUGGUUGCCGUUCACCCUUCAGCGCCGGUUGCCGUUGCUGCUGCCGAGGGCGUCGAGCCCGCGUCAGUGAUUGCGUUGGCGCCCAAUGGCAGCCCUGGAAGGCUCUUUCCAUCUGUCACGUUUCUCCUCAAGGAUCAGUACGGCAACACUGUUCCCGCUGAGGCGGACAUGCCGUGUCGCCUGUCCCUCCAGCAGGAGAACGGAGAGGGCGAGCUUGAGUUGCAGCCGACCACAACCCCAUUCAGCAACUCCACACAGGUGAACGCGGUUGCGCGGACUGCGUUCCCACCCGGGCAGUACACGUUUACGGCUGCGGGGCCGGAGGGCGUCAAGCCGUUGCAACGCAUCAUUCAGGUGCUCGACUCGCGAAAGGACGCCAAGGUGUCCGCACAGCAGCGCCACGAGAAGAAGUUGGUGAUGGACAACCUCAACAGGAGCCUCGCACAACAACAGCAGAAGCUCCGCGCAACAAAGGCCGCCUUCGAAAAGUUUUCGCAGCUCCGCAAGAUCAAAGCCACCAUUGAGGACAUUUUGCGCCACCACAUUCGAUCGCGCCGUCGCACAGCGCUGCGGGCGGAGGACCUGUUGCGCCAUCCCGACGCGUGCGCUGAACUCAUUGCGCAGCGGACGUCAUCCCGUCGACGCGGUGGCCGUGAGCCCCAGCAGGUUCCGGCCCGCUUCCGGGGCCAGGACGUGCUCGGGUUUGUGGGCGAGCUGUUGGAGGCCGAAGAUCAAAUGUCGCAGCGCCUGGCCAGCUAUGCGCUCGGGUCACACAUCAACUCCAUCAUCUGCGUGCGCCGGGAGACGGCACUUAAGCUGCAAAGGAGUUACUCCGUUCGCGACAUCGAACGUCUUCCCCGUCAGCCGUUCAGACAAGACACACCAAGCGCCGUUGCGCGCUUCGGCGGGCGUGCGCUUUCGUCUUACAUCACCCCGCGGGUGAACGAUGAGCGGCUGUUUGGCCUCCUCAACCGAAUGCUGCACGGGCUGUACGUCUUCAAGGAUAUGGACACCGCCGUCGCCUUCCGUGACGCGCGCGAUCAGGCCGACAGGGCCGACAGCCGCCGCAGCAGCCGGGGCCAGCCCACGGCACGCGAACUGUCUUUCCGUACGCUCUUCACCCAGGACAUGCGCAAGGUUGAUUCGCUUGGUUUCUUUGGCGGCAGAAGCGGCCAAGUGCCCCCACUGGACAAGCUGCACGGGUGCGUGUGGCUCAAGGCAGAGGAGUCGAACGAGCUGCGCGCCCUCCGCGCCGCCCAGCCGUACUGUGACAACUUCUUCACCGUGCAAGCGGAGUUGGCUGAUUUCGACAAGGAUGAGGCAACGCUUCAGCGGGAAAUUGAGAGCCUCCAGGCCCACGGGCAGGCACUCAUGACAGAACUCCGCAACAUUGGAGGUCUGCCAACGGAUCCUCGCACGCAACGCCCUCAAGCUGCUGCUCCUCACGCGUCUGGGGGUGAUGGCAACCCGCAAAAGCGCCACAAGCCAUGA